AGCUGUCAGUGUCAAACACAAGGCAAAAUAGUAAAAUGUGGGUUUCUUAAAUUGUAAUGUUAUCGAUCGAGAAUAUGUAAAAACCAUUUUUUUUGUAUUAUUCUAAAUGCUUAUUUGAAUUUUAAAAUCAUCGUCUUUAUUCCGUUUAUAGUUUUUAUUAUUAAGAUAUUUGUUAAAGCUAUCUAGUUUCUCAAUUUCUAAUAAGAAAUGUCUGCGUGGCUUGAAUGUAGUAUUUCUGAGGAAAUAAUAAAAAACAAAGAAAUAUUCAGUGAUACGCCGAGUAUUAUUUCUGACAUAAUGGCUGGGCAUCUUGAUAUUACAAAUCUAGUGGAGAAUAUGGCAGGGGUUUUGACAAAUGAAGAAGUGGAGAACCGUGAGCAAGGAAUGAAAUUUUUUACAAAAAUUCUUAAAGAGCUUCCCCCUGACUAUUUAAACGAAACUCAAGUAAAAUUUAUCUCAAGGUUUUAUAUAGAUCGUUUAAAAGAUAACCACAGAAUCAUACCAUCAGUGCUAGAGGGAUAUUUAGCAAUAAUUGACAUGAAACAUUACAGCACGGCACUCAAUGGGGAAUUUUUCACAGUACUAUUUAGAGAAGUUCCAUGUCAGUCACAAGUGAGACAAGAUCGAUAUAAUAUUUAUAGGAUCCUAAAUUUACUAAAUAAAAAUCCUGAAUAUCUAAAGACUCUAGGACCAGAUUUCUUAUAUGGAUUUAUAUCAGCUAUGGACGGGGAAAGAGAUCCUCGUAACCUGUUGUUUCUGUUCAGUUUCCUGCCAACAUUCCUCAAGCAUAUAACAUUAGGCCACCUGGUCGAGGAAACUUUUGAAGUGAUUUCUUGUUACUUUCCAAUUGAUUUCCAUCCGUCUCCUGAUGAUCCCGCACCUGUAACAAGGCAGGACUUAGCGAAUGCCCUGUGUCCCUGCCUGUGUGCAGUGGCAGAAUUUGGGGAACAAUGUUUAGUUUUAUUAAUAGAAAAGUUGGAUUCUAGCUUAAGAAUAGCUAAACUUGAUUCCUUAGCUCUUUUGAAAGAAAGUUGUAAGACGUUUUCUGCUCAAACAUAUGGACCAUUUCUGAAGACUUUAUGGUCUUCGAUGAAUAGGGAGAUAUCUCACAAAACAGACGAAGAACUCAAAAUGCUCGCUCAUGAAUCUCUGUCGGCAUUAGUUUCGAAAUUGGCGACUACAGCAAAUACAGAUCAGGCUUUCGAGAAUUUUGUAAAAGGUGUACUGAUAUCUAUGCAGACAGCUAUCGCUGAGUCCACGACUGUUGCUAAGUUUACACAGGCGGCUAAAGUUCUCCUGACAACAGCAAACGCUUCAAAAGAGUCCUGUGUUAUUAUAACAAAAUCUAUGAUCCCUGCAAUUGUAGCAUACUAUGAAUUUAAACCAUCCACAAAAUUACAAAUAGCAAGCAUAGACUUUCUUGGAGACUUGUAUGAUAUGGCAAAACAUUGGGGAGCUCUUGACGAAAUUCAAUCACAAGCAAUCGAAAUACCAAAAUUGUGUCUCAUUGCAGUCAGCAACCCUUCCAAAGAGUAUCAAAUAGCGGGCUUUAAAAAUAUAAUUAGAACAAAAGAUUUGUUACAAAGUGACUUAGUAUUGCCAUUUAUUGAAGUUCUUAUACAUAAUGUCCAGCAUUCACAAGACGAAAAUUUAUUGAGUAUCAGUGUAACAACUGUUCAUACAAUAGCUAGGAAAUAUCCUGAAAUGGUAAUGGAUAUAGUAGUGAAGGGAAAAUGUGAUUUAGACAAUUUAAUUGACGACAAAACCGCUCUACAGAAACGACUGAAUUUACUCACCAAUUUGGCUAGUAUUGAUGAAUUUACCAAAGUUAUAAUUAGUGAAAUGCUUAAAAUAAUUAGGACACAUGAUGAAGAUGCUCCGAAGGUAAUAGAAGCGUUAAAUAGUUCUAUGUCUGAUAUUUCUCUGUAUACAGAGAAUAAGUUAUCUGAAAUCGAGAGUGAUCAUGGCUUGAUAGAUUCUAUCUUAGGUUGGAUAUUGAAGGAAUUGCAUACAGGUUCUGAAGAAUCAUUAUCGCAUGGUUAUAAACUUAUUGCGACCACAAUGAGCAGUUUGCCAGCAGAAAAACAAGAACGAAUACUUUCUAAGUAUGCCGAUGUUCUAGAAAAAUGUCAGAAAGACGAGGCAUACUUUAAUAUUUUGGAAUGUUUAUAUCGCUCGCUUCGUCAAAGUAUAUAUAAUCCAAAUUUUGAACGUAUAAUGCAUUUGUCUAUAGAUGUAGCUUUAAAAAGUGAUGAUAAGGCAAUAAGGACUAAAGCUUGUGUGGUGAUAGCUCAUUUAAUUAACAAAGUAGGGCACGGUCAGAAGUUUGAAUUGUUGUAUGAGACUUUGACAAAUUGCCUAUUGAAUUAUGAAAGUGAGGAAGAAACACUUCUUCAAAGGCUGAUUCUGUUAUACGGAUGGUUAACCAAGGCUUUAAUUAUGAGGGGAAGUGAUAAAUUUUUAUGUUGGUUGCAAAAGAUCAUAGCUGCGCUGUCGUCACCAGUAUACUGCAAGUUGGCUGCCGAAGCGAUACGUUUAAUAAUGUUUGUCCAUCCGGACGCGUUGAACAGGACAUUUUAUCCUAUAGAAACACUUUUAUACAAACAGCGUAUGUACGAAAACUUUACUUCAUUGACACAGAAUUUUGUGCCAGCCAGUGAGGAUGUGAAAGAGGCUUUCUACGUUAGUUGGGCGUUUGUACUUGAAAAUUUGUCGAAGAAUAUAGUCAGCAGAGAAGCUUUGAAGAUACUCCCCAUAGUGAUAGAAUCAUUGGAUUAUGAUAAUAAAGAGAUGCUAUUAGUGAUGACUGAUCUUCUGUGCUACUAUAUAGAAUAUCAGCCUCUCGUGGUGGCUGGAAGCUUGCAGUCCGCGAUACCAAGGCUGGCGAAACUGACUAGAUACCCUAAGUCUAUGUAUGUACGGGUGAAUAGCCUUCAAUGCUUCUCCGAAAUAGCCAAAAGUUAUAGCACGGUGCUGCUUCUACCUUACAAGCAAGAUGUGCUAGCGGAAUUAGCGCCAUCUCUCGACGAUAGUAAGAGAUUCGUGCGUUGUUAUGCUGUCGCAGCGCGUACUCGUUGGUUCUUAGUAGGAGCACCAGGAGAACCUAAAGAAAAUUGAAUUGUUGCUAUCAAUAAAAAAGUAGUGAUCACACCG